AACUGCUCUCUUUUUUGUUUUGUGUUUGGGGGGGGGUUGAAAAAAAUGAAAAUAUUUCAUUUUAUUAUUGUUUCUUAAAGACAGUAAAUAAAGCUAGCUAAUUUAGUGUGAAAAGUGGUCAAAACGGUAUUUCUGUUGUCAAUAAUUAGUUUUUUUUUUUUUUUUAAAGUUGGAUUGGGUCCUUGGCAGUUAGCUACAUGAAGUGUUCUACAUCUAGAGCGAGUCCGAGGGAAUCAAUGGUGAAAAUUAACCUUAAACCAAUUUUUGUUUCUCUUUCAACUUUCACUUGUCCUAACCCUUCUCACUUGCCUAUUUUCAUGCCCCUCUUUUAGUUGAUCUUCACAUUAUUAAAAUGUAUAAUUUAUAAUUUAUAAUAACCCUACAAAGCUAACACCACCACUCACCCCAAGAAGUAUGGAAGAUGAAAGCCAUAGCAAUUUGCCAAAUGGGUUCACCACAGAAAGCCCUGAAAGCCCUUGCUUAAAGAACAACAAUAACCACAACAACAACAACAAUAGUAGCAGCAAUAACAACAACAAAGAACAAGAUCGCUUUCUCCCCAUAGCCAAUGUUGGUAGAAUCAUGAAAAAAGUGAUCCCGGCCAACGGAAAAAUUUCCAAGGACGCCAAAGAGACCGUUCAAGAAUGCGUAUCGGAGUUCAUUAGCUUUGUCACCGGAGAAGCCUCCGACAAAUGCCAAAGAGAAAAAAGAAAGACCAUCAAUGGUGAUGAUAUCAUUUGGGCCAUCACAACCCUAGGGUUUGAGGAUUAUGUGGAACCAUUAAAAUCCUAUCUCCAAAAAUAUAGAGACAUAGAAGGAGAAAAGCUUAAUGUUCCAAAGCAACAGCGUUCUGAACAAAGGCUACACCAUCAGCAUCAGCAUCAGCAUCAACAACACCAUCACCAUAACCAAGAUGAAACUAAUCAAACACUAAAUAGUGUAUAUACUUCUGCAAAUCUCAUUUCUCAUCAACCUCCUUAUGUAGCCACGGAUCAACCAUUUUCAUUGCCGUUUUCACCAAAUUCAAUUCAGAAACAGUUACGACCUCAAGAUCAGAUUGAUUCCGUGGGGCAUUGGUACGAGUAAGACCAGUGCAAGAUUCCAAUACGCCUUUCAUUUUUCACUAAGCUUUUAAGAAUAUAAUGUAACGUUUAUAUAUGUACUUAAACAUAUAAUAUAUCACAAUUUUGGCCUUUGCCUCAGUUUUAAAAUAAAAAGUAUUUUGAGUCUCUUGUUUAUAUUUGUCCCAUAUUUGUUGUAUAACAUGAUUGAUUUCUGUUUUCCUUCUAUCCGCUU